AUGGAAGUAUCGGCGUCCGCCUUAGAUUAUCUUCUUAUAGAAGCUGUGCCAGUUGCGCGGGACGUCAUUGAACAGCUAGGCAUUGAAGAUCAAGAUGAAGCUCACCAUCGCAUAGAACUAUACGGGUAUCAAGUUGGCAAGGGCCUUGCUCAGGUGUUUACCCGCAGCCGGCCGCGAAUGGUCCAACAGCUGGAAAUAAUCAAAUUUGUCUGCAAAAACCUGUGGGAGGUUCUUUACAAAAAGCAAAUGGACAACCUAAAAACGAACCAUCGCGAUACGUAUGUUCUCGUUGAUCACAACUUUGAGUUUUGCCGGCGAAUGGGUACGAGCUUGCCUCCUCAGGCAACCGCCGAACUAGCCUACCCCUAUCUAUGUUUCCCCGCGGGAAUUAUCAGAGGAUUUUUGCAUGCUAUGGGCUUAUCAUCCACUGUAACAGUAGAGGCGCCUGAGCUACCAAUGGUAACAUUCAAUGUCAGAAUAGAGUAA